AUGCUCAAUAUUUUAGCCAAUGAACGAUGGGUACAGAGUGGCGUCACUAUUGCUGGAGGAAACGGAAAAGGUGCUGACACUAAUCAACUCAACCGGCCUUAUGGUUUCUGCAUUGAUGAAGAUCAAACAGUGGCCAUAGCUGACUGCGACAGUCAUCGUAUCGUUCAAUGGAAGAAAGGUGAGGCGAAUGGACAAAUUGUUGCUGGUGGUAAUCGCGCUGGAAAUCGAUUGGAUCAAUUGCAUUGUCCAACUGAUGUAUUGAUCGAUAAAGAGACAGAUAGUUUCAUUAUUUGUGAUCGAGAGAAUCGACGAGUCGCACGAUGGCUUCGUAAGACUGACACAACUGAAGGAGAAAUUCUUCUGGACGACAUCGACUGUUAUGGAUUAGCCAAAGAUGAUCAGAGAUACCUCUAUGUUGCUGACUACAAAAAGCAUGAGGUAAGACGAUAUCGAGCAGGAGACAAGAAUGGAACUCUCGUGGCAGGUGGCCAUGGGAGAGGUGCUGGCCUACAUCAACUCAACAUGCCGAGAUAUCUCUUUGUCGAUCGACAACAGACUGUCUACGUGUCCGAAAGCGACACUCAUCGUGUAAUGAAAUGGAAGCAAGGUGCAAAAGCAGGCAUUGUCGUCGCUGGAGGUCAAGGUGAAGGAAAUGCUCUAACGCAAUUGGCGUCUCCUCGAGGAAUCUUCGUCGAUGCGUUGAGCACUCUCUAUGUCGCAGAUUCAAAAAAUGAUCGGGUAGUACGUUGGUCUCAACGAGCACACCAAGGCACUGUGAUCGUGGGUGGAAAUGGACGAGGAACAGGACAAAAUCAGUUCAACUGGCUCAUGGGUUUGUCCUUCGAUCGACAUGGUAAUCUCUAUGUCGUUGAUCAUAACAAUCAUCGUGUUCAACAAUUUUCUCUCGAAUAG